ACCCCCGAGCAGGAGGAGGAAGAGGAGGACGACGACUCCUUCUUCGUCUUCUUCCCCUUCGGACGCGGCGGAAAAAGACGCGACGUUGACUCGCGGAGCGAGAAGAAAGGAAUUAAAGGAAAGGGAAGAGCAGGGGAAAACCAAAAAAAAAAAGGCGGAUGUGCCUCCGAACGCGCGGCGGAUGUCGUCCUCCGGACUUCCCUCAUGCUAACAUUGUGAAAGAGGUCCGAGACCAAAAGGGGGAUGACAUGCAUGUGUCCAGCCUACUAACAUCGCUGACGACUCGCUCGCUAACCGACCGUCCGCCAUCACGACAUGACGGACAUACUGUACACUGGUCCCAUCCCGGCUGAGCGAGGGGAGGGCGAGCUGGCCAUGGUUGUGGGUCGCGGCGAGGCCUCGCCGCUGAGCGGGCCGCCGGAGCGAGGCUUGAUCACCACCCAGAACUCCCAGCGACCGAGUGCCUGCUGCUUCUGCUGGUGCUGCUGCUGCAGCUGCUCGUGUCUCACCGUCAGGAAUGAAGACGAGAGGAGGCGGCGUAGGAGGAAGAGGAAAUCGCAAGACACCAAGAUGGAAACCAUACCAAACUGUGAAGCUUGCACCAAGCCCUCCUCGGAAGAGAUGCGCCUCUGGUCUCAGUCCUUCGACAAGCUGAUGAGGAACCCGGCGGGUCGCAACGUUUUCCGUGAGUUCCUGCGCACCGAGUACAGCGAGGAGAACAUGCUGUUCUGGCUGGCGUGUGAAGACCUGAAGCAGGAGAUGAACAAGAGUCGCGUGGAGGAGAAGGUGCGCUCCAUCUAUGAGGACUACAUCUCCAUACUGUCGCCCAAAGAGGUGAGUCUGGACGCUCGCGUGCGGGAGGUGAUCAACAAGAAGAUACACGACCCCGCGCCUCACACCUUCGAGGACGCCCAGUUGCAGAUCUACACGCUGAUGCACAGGGACUCGUACCCGCGAUUCCUCUCCUCCAACAUCUACAGGUCACUCAUCCACGACAGCUCGCGCACUUCGUCCGAGUCCUAAUCCCGCGCCACUUGUGUAGUUUCCCCACCCCAAACGGCCGCAAACCAAGCCAGCACGAAACCUUUUCCGUGUUUUGUUGCCGUUACUCUCCUUUUGUCGGAACUUAGGGGGAAAGAAAUGCGAUUUGUGCCAUUCGGAGUUGAAUCUGCGUUAGUGGCACAUAAAAAAGCGAGACUUGGUACUGGUACGCCUUAUUGAUCGUAAUUGAUUUUCAACAUUCGAUCAAAUAUGCUUCUUUACCUUGCAUUUUUAUAGCGACUACAAAUACAACAGUGACUCAUUGAUGCUCCCGUGUGGAAUAAAGCGGUAUUGCAAGAGAACAACCACCCUUAAGGAGCUUAACAUACAAAAAAAACAUUAAAUCACGACAUCAGAAUAUAUUACUAUCCAAUUUAUUUAUAAUUUAAAAUAUAAAGAUUCUGGUAUUUGUUUUAAUUUU